CUAUUAAUUUAAACCAAUCGAUACACAUCGGGUCUCAUAAGAGAAAGAUUGCAAAUUUAAAAUUUUUUCUAACUUCUAAUCUAUACCAUAAUCCCAGAAAGUGGAACCAUUUUCUAAUCCGCGUUCUUCUGAAGUGUCCAUCUAGUGGUUGUCUGUGCAAUGGUGGUGGAUCAGAAGACUAAUUUAUUACAGCGGUCAACUCAUAGUUGGCGCAGAACUACGAAGUGAGACCAGCUCUCCAGUUUCCACCGGCAGUUAUUUAAUUUGCGUUCUUUCUGGUUGGUCGGUUUUGGUCUGUUGGGGGUUUGAUUAUUUCCUCGACCCUAGUCCUUGUUAAACCCUUUUGAAAGCCUCAUCAAUUUCUCCCUCAAAGCUCUCAUUUUGAUCCUCUGUCGGAUUGAAUUCUUUCUCGCUGCUUCGCGUUCUUACAUCCUCUUACCAUUGCCCUCUGCUUUGUGUUAUAAUCUUCGAGUCAGCGCCAUUCUUUGCUCAGAGAUAUGAGGCAACGGUCAAAGCAUCAACCGGAGAGAAGUUGGGCUGAAAUAUGUUGUUUGGGUUGCUCCUGCCUGCAGCUGUUCUGGCCGAGAGUGGUCGUGCGCAAAUGGCUCAACAUCAGCGCCAAGGAAUCGGAUUACAGCGCCGAUUCCGACGACGGAGACGACGAUGUCGACUCCAACUCCGACACUGAAGAAUUCGAUCAAGGGGGAAGGGGGUCUCGGCUUAGGAAUUGCUGCCGCAAUGAUACUCAAGUUGAUCCUAUUGAUACUAUUCCAAGAAUGAGAAGAAGGAAGUCAGAGACUUUCCGGGCUCAGUAUAUAAACACAAAAGAAAUCAAAAUACGCGCUGGGACAUGGAAUGUGGGAGGAAAGCUUCCACCUGAUGAUCUGGAUAUUGAUGAGUGGCUAAACAUCAGUGAGCCUGCUGACAUCUAUGUGCUUGGUCUUCAAGAGAUCGUGCCCUUAAAUGCUGGAAAUAUAUUUGGGGCCGAAGAUAGCCGCCCGGUACCAAAAUGGGAAAACAUCAUACGCCAAACACUGAACAGAGUCCGACACACAAAGGCCAAGGUUAAAUGCUAUAGUGAUCCUCCAUCUCCAUCAAGGUUUAAACCAUCCGAAGACAUCCCUGACAUAGAAGAGGAGUUACUACUUGAAACUGACAGUGAUGGAGAUGAGGAAGUUCAUCCUAUUGAUGAUGAACCCGAUGGCUUUGGUGAGGAAAGACCAGUCACAGACAGAAGUUCAUUCACGACUUUCGGGGGUGCACACUAUGCUGACAGUGGCAAGUUUGGUGAGCCGGAUGGCCAAGACUUGGAGAGGCAAUUCUCUUCUCCAAAGAGGUUAGAUCGGUUAAAUUGCUUAAGGACAGAAGAGCAAGUAGAAGUUCCAUUUGCUCAGCGCAACACGAAAUUGACAAGAAUGCUGAGUGGUUCUGAGAGGAUUGGUUUAAGCUGGCCUGAGCCUCCAUUAAAUUUAAUAUCUCAGGGUGUUCUUGAGAGACCAAAUUCUUUCAAGUCAAUAAGAUCGUUUCAAGCCUCAAAGUCUUUCAGAAAAUUUAAUUCCUUCAAAUCAUUUACAAAUGAAGCUCCACCGGAUCUGUCUUUGCUGGCGGAACUGGACAUUGAAUCCCUUUUAAAACGGAAAAGACGAACACAUUAUGUCAGGAUAGUCAGCAAGCAGAUGGUUGGGAUAUUCCUGACAAUUUGGGUUCGCAGGAGCUUACGCAGCCACAUUCAGAACUUGAAGGUGUCAACUGUUGGUGUAGGCGCUAUGGGCUACAUAGGCAACAAGGGAUCAGUAUCAGUCAGUAUGUCCAUAUAUCAGACGCUUUUCUGCUUUAUUUGCACUCACCUUACCUCGGGAGAAAAAGAUGGAGAUGAAGUAAAGAGGAAUGCUGAUGUGCAUGAAAUACAUCGUAGAACUCACUUUCGUUCUGGAAUUGGACUUCCCAAAAGUAUUCUCGACCAUGAAAAAAUUAUUUGGUUAGGUGACUUGAACUACCGGAUCAACUUGUCAUAUGAGAAAACAAGAGAACUCAUCUCAAGAAAGGAGUGGUCUAAAUUGCUCGAGAGAGAUCAGCUUGUACAAGAGCUAAGAAAAGGCCACACUUUUGGUGGGUGGUCCGAGGCUACUUUGAAUUUCCCACCCACAUACAAGUAUGAAAAUAAUUCAGAGAAGUAUUUCGGAGAGGAUCCCAAGUUUGGAAGACGUACUCCAGCGUGGUGUGAUCGCAUUCUUUCGUACGGCAGAGGAAUGAGGCAGCUUGGCUAUAGGAGAGCUGAAAUAAAACUCUCUGAUCAUCGACCCGUGGCUGCCAUGUACAUGGCAGAGGUUGAGGUGUUUUCUUCAAAGAAAUUGCAGCGUGCCCUCACUUUCACUGAUGCAGAAAUUGAAAAUGACGAAUUUGCGGGAAACAUGGGCUUUGUGCUUGAACAGGACCCUUAAUGAUCAAAUAGGUGAAUGGAUCGCAUGUUUUGUGACACUCCAGUUUCCAUUUAGAGUCACUCCAGUGGAACGUGAAGCGACCGUCAAUGGGCUGCUGUAAUCGUUUUUCCCACAUUCUGUGUUUUUAAGAGGGGUUGAUGUAGGAGACGCCUAGUUGGGAGCUCUAGAGGAUGAGAUAUCAUGAAAGGAGAGGCAAGAAUUUGACAGCUUCCACAACUUACAUGGAUUUUUGGUAUUGCUACCACGGUUUUCAUUCGUUCAUUGGUCUGCGUUACUGUCGAUGAUUCUGUACAUCGCAGUUUUACCGUGUAAAUACUAUAGGAAGAGAGGCUUGUGAAGUAGGUUCAGCAAAAUUCGGUGUGAAGUAUGUUGGGUCUGUACAUGAUUUACUGUAGCGUCUAUACGUGAUCGCACUCAGAAAGCAGCUUUUUUUGGAGAAUGUUGAUAUAACACACGCAUUGUUUCCCCUCUCA